GACCAGUGUUUUCUGUAGCUCGAGUCUGAAGGGAGUUGUCKUUGCGACGCUACUCGCUGCUUUACGGUAGUGGUACUGAUGCGGGAUGAGUCAGGCGAUGUGAUGCUGCUGCCAUUUCAGCGGCGCCCAAAAUCUACAAACACAGAAGUGAGACGGCCGGAUCCCCUCCUUCUUUCUCUGACAGCCAAAAACACGAGCAGCUGUCGAAACAMAGAGCACGUGAAGAGCGCGAGGUCUGGUUUUUAACCACUCUGCACCUGCUCCGGACGCGGUUUCSCCCCUUCGGUUCUGUUUCUGUUUCUGUGUCUCCAGCGGGCCUGGCAUUAAGACACAAAUUAGCCCUUGACCACAGUGGGCCUGCUGUAGCGGCAUCGGCUCUGUCGUCGAGCUCUGGGACAAAAAAAGGGGCUUUUAUUUUCUUAUUUUUCCCGGUGAUCCUGCUGAAGCCUCGAACAUCCGGACUGASUCGUCGGUGCCAUCAUGGAGCCCAGCUCAGCCCGGUCCUGGUCCUGAACGGCACCGAAAGGAGGAAGUACUCCGGCCUGAAGCGGACUCCUCUCCUGCUCCGAGCUCGCGCUGCCUCCUGAACAUCAAACACACCGACAGGCAGACCGGCACGUGGGGAAGCAGCCGCACGCGCCAUGGAAGCCAUCUGGCUCUAUCAGUUCCGGCUCAUCGUCAUCGGGGACUCCACGGUGGGCAAGUCGUGUCUGAUCCGGCGGUUCACGGAGGGCCGCUUCGCCCAGGUGUCCGACCCCACGGUCGGCGUGGACUUCUUCUCCCGUCUGGUGGAGAUCGAGCCCGGGAAGAGGAUCAAGCUGCAGAUCUGGGACACGGCGGGCCAGGAGCGCUUCAG